GAUAAUAUUUGCUGGUUUCCGCAUCUAUGUUGUUUCAACGUUCUGCACCCUUCAAAUUCUCCAUGUCGCAUACAUUACAACUCGAAAUCCCUUUUGAAUCCGAUCGUUUGGCCAACGUUGCCAUGCGUGUCCUUAGUGUGGAUAAGGAACUGAAAACCGACCAAGUGAAACGCACUUUAUCAACAAACGAAGAAAUGCUUAUUGCUCAUUUUGAUUGCGUUUCCACAAAGAUGUUACGCGUAUCAGUGAAUUCAUUUUUAGAGAUGCUCACUAUGGUGACUCGUACAGUGGAUCAAUUUGACCCUUAGCCACACUUUUUUCCUUGCAUUUUAAACGUAAUAUCCGCCCAUUUCAUCCGUGCAAAAUCAGAUCCCUGCAGUUGUUUACCAGUGAAAUAUGUCAUGAACAAAGAAAAAAAGCAUUUGCAUGUCCGACACCCUUACG